AUGAAGGUUUUUUAUGGUUUUGGUGGAUUCUUAGUCGGUUUUGCCGUUCCUAUAUUAUUAGGACUGUAUUCAUGUAAUAGUAAAAACUUUAAAUUGGCUGACUAUUCUUUGAAGGUUUUAUUUUUUUGGACAUUAACAAAUCAGCUUUUUGCCGCCCCUUUGAAAUGGUUAUUUGACCACGUUUCACAAUCAUUCUGGUCGUUGGCAUACACUGCUUACCCAGUUGCCUUAUUAGUUCCCAAAACAAAUUUAUUAAAAACGUUUGACGAAUAUACAGUUUUAUUUUUUGAUUCGGGAUCUCUUGGUUUUGUUAAAAAACAACUUAAGAAGGCCUGUGUUUUUUCAAGAAGGGCCUUGGCCUCAGGAGUAAAAAAAUUACAGGAUAAGAUGACUUUUUAA